CACAACGUUACAACGCGCACAGGCAGCUCUGGAUUUGACGUAUUAUUAUUAUUAUUAUUAUUAUUAUUAUUAUUAUUAUUAUUAUUGUGAACCCACAUUUGACCGGAGGAAAAAUGGUCACGAUGGACGAACUUUGUGAAAUGGAUUGCGCCGUUUUGAAAAGGUUGAUGAAGGACGACAGUGCGAAGUGCCUGGUGUUGGACUGCAGAUCAUUUCUCGCGUUUAGCGCCGGUCAUAUCCGGGGCGCUGUAAAUAUUAGGUGUAACACGAUCGUUCGGAGGCGAGCGAAAGGCUCCGUGAGUUUGGACCAGAUUCUGUCGAGUGACGACGAAGUCCGAGCCAGACUCAAAUCAGGGUUGUAUUCCGCCGUGAUCUUGUACGAUGAGCGGACGUCAGAUACAAACACUAUCAAAGACGACAGCACAAUCACCCUGGUGCAUAACGCGCUGUGUAGGGAUACAUUUAGGACAGAAGUCUAUCUGCUGAAAGGAGGCUUCGACAGAUUUUCCACACAAUAUCCCGAUUACUGUUUGAAAACCAAAACAUUGCCAGCGUCCAUUCCCUCAUCCAGUGUGGGGGUCAGCUGCACCUCCUGCGGAACUCCUCAGCACGACCAGGGUGGGCCUGUGGAAAUUCUACCCUUUCUGUUUUUGGGCAGUGCCCUCCAUGCAUCUAAGAAGGAUAUGUUAGAUGGUAUGGGCAUUUCUGCUCUACUGAAUGUAUCUUCAAACUGUCCCAACCAUUUUGAAGGGGCUUAUCAGUACAAGUGUAUUCCAGUGGAAGAUAACCACAAGGAAGAAAUCAGCUCUUGGUUCAUCGAAGCCAUUGAAUUCAUAGACUCCGUCAAAGAUUCCAAUGGCCGUGUUCUAGUGCACUGUCAGGCCGGUAUCUCGCGGUCGGCCACUAUCUGCCUGGCGUACCUGAUGAAGAAGAAGCGGGUGCGUCUAGAAGAGGCCUUUGAAUUUGUUAAACAACGACGCAGUAUCAUCUCCCCCAACUUCAGUUUCAUGGGUCAGCUGCUGCAGUUCGAGUCUCAGGUGCUGGCCACUUCCUGUGCUGUAGAAGCAGCCAGCCCUUCCGCCACCCUCGGCCCCAAGUCUUCCUCCACGCCCACAUCACCCUUCAUCUUCAGCUUCCCAGUAUCAGUUGUGACGCACAACCAGCCCAGUAGUCUCACGUACCUACAGAGUCCAAUCACGACCUCGCCAAGCUGCUGAUACUUUGCACCUUUCUGUGAGACUGCACUCACACACCAGGAAGAUUGUUAAAGUCUUCAUUGAAGUCUUCUUGAAGUCCCUCAGUUGGGACAAUAAUAUGGUCAUUCCAACCUUUUUAUUUAUUAUUAUUAUUCUUUGUAGUUGUUACUGCACCGAACCCAUGCAUUAAAGGGAUAGUCGAUCCAAAAAUAAAGAGUUAUUUACUCACCCUCAUGUUGUUCCAAACCGGUAUGACUCUUUCUUCCAUGGAACACAAAAGGAGAUAUUUCCAAAAAUGUACUGGUCAAUCUUUUCUACAUAACUACAAUGAAUAGGGACUGGAGCUUUCAAGCUUCAAAACACUGACAGCCUCAAUCCCCAUUCACUUUUAUUGUAUAGAAUAGAGCAGCAUCAACAUUCUUAAAGAUUUUUCCUCUUUUAUUCCAUGAAAAAAAAGUGAGUGUACGUCAUGUAAAGUUUUUGAGUGAACUAUCCCUUUAAUAUCAGAAGAAUACAAUCAUAACAUCCCGUCACAGGAUUCAUGUGAGGACAGUACAUCUCCCUCAUUUCCUGUGGUUUACGUCCAAAGACUUUCAAAGGUCCGCUGUAUGAUUGGCCAGCAGGUUGGUGAAAGCAGUGGGAAUGGAGCUGUGAUUUCACAAAACAAACUCUGCAAUCUACGUCUAUCUUUCUGACAGAGAGCAGGAGGUCCUUCAACCCUGAAAGGUGCUUCAAACUGUGUCUGGACUCCCCAUUUAUCACCCCUUCAAUCCCCCCUGUGGCUAUUCUCUGCCCUUUGGACAAGACUGAAUUCCUUUAAUACAGAGAGUCCUGCUGGAACUCCGAGACUUGCUGUCUUUGGCGAAAGUUAGCUGGCACGAUCUUUUGCUGGAAAUAUCAUUAAUCUAGGUUGUUUUGUAUUUGUCAGUGCCUUGUGCAAAGAAGGUACAGGACAUUCAAACACUUGGAAGCUCAUGUCUGCCCCAUCGCCUUUCCUUCAGAAACAGACACACAACGACAGACUGAUGUUUUGCAUAGGGACUAAAGUAUUUCGAACUGCAAUACAGACAUAUUCUACAAUCCGUUACUCUCACAAAUUAGAGCAAUAACCUAAUUGUCCUUCCUCCCAGUCUUCACUGAAGCACUAUAUGUUGUUGUUGUUUUUUUUUUGUUACAUUGUAUGAUCAUGACUUUAAAAUUCUGAUUUAACCAUUUGCCAAUUUGUACCAAGGAGAUCUCUAUUAUUUCUGCUGUAUGCCUUACCAAUAAUGACUGUGGUGUCCAUCCACAUGGAAUGUUCUCAUUAAUAGACUACUUGAGGAACAGAGUAUACAAGAUGAUGGUUUUAAAUGUACAACCUGUGACCACAGUAACUCCUUUUAUUAUCUAAGAGGGAUCCAAUUUGGUAUCAAAAUGCCCUGAUUACCCUGGCGGGCUUAUACACUGAAACCUUUUACACUGGAAGUUUAGGGAACCACCAUUUGUAUUCCCACUUGAAAAUGUCACUGGUACACAGUUCUGUAAGGGAAUCUUCUUGUUAUAUCAGAUGGCUUUUGCUUGAACAGUUACAAUGUGUACAUGUGUGGGGCCUAUUUCUCUUUUUUUAUGAGAUUGUGGGCACCAUUUAUAGAGCACUUAAGUGGUGCAAAAAUUGAUUUAAGGUUUGUUUUGCACCUCGCCGGAAUUGAAGUGGUAAUCGAGUAGCGUACCUUUCCUAUAUUCUGGUGAGCUUUAGUUUUUUGCAUACUUAAUGGUCUCUUUGUCAACAAUCAUUGAUGAAUGCAAUAAGUUUUACUGUAAUUCUUGAGAUGUAAAUGUCUGAUGGCUCAUGGCAAUAUCGUUCAGAGGGUUACGAUUUUUGAACUCUGCCCUGUUCUGUUGUAUUAUAUGUCAAUUUUAUUUAUCUCAUGAUUGCCAUUGUUAAAUAUAACAGUGUUCUUUAAUGAAUGUGUGGUGUGUUUUACUCCUAAU